CCGGAGAUUGGACGAGCAUGUGGAACACCUGCGCACCGUUUUGGAGCGGCUACGACAGGCCAAGUACAAAGCAAACCGCGACAAGUGCGAGUUCGCACAGCAGGAGCUGGAGUACUUGGGACACUAUGUGACGCCGCAAGGCAUCCGUCCGCUUGCGGACAAGAUCGAGGCCCUACGAGUAUGGCCCGAGCCCACCAACACCACGAAUGUUUGUUCAUUCAUGGGGUUGGCGGGCUACUAUCAACGAUUCAUCACCGGAUACUCCAGGAUCGCUGCACCUAUGACGAGGUUACAAUCGCCAAAGGUGCCAUUCGUAUUCGAUGACGACGCACGCCGGUCAUUCCAAGCACUUAAGACGGCUAUGCUCAUGGCACCCGUCCUUAGCAUCUAUGACCCCACCCUGCCGACGCGAGUGACUACGGACGCUUCCGACUAUGGCAUUGGGGCAGUCUUGCAACAGCACGACGGCGGCGACUGGCACCCUAUGGAGUAUUUCAGCCACAAAGUGCCUCCCAUCAACUCGCUUGAUGAUGCAAGGAAGAACGAGCUGCUCGCAUUGAUGGCUCUCAAGCGCUGGCCGCACUUCCUCCUUGGGCGUCGUAGGUUCACAUGGGUCAGAUAGCAAUCCAUUGACCUACUACAAGACGCAGGACACG